AUGACGCCUCCGCAACCAAAAUGGAAAAGCGAAACGGCCGAAGAAGAGACGGGGGAGGGACAGCAACCUCGUUUUACCAUGGGGUACUGGCAAAUGCGAGGUCUUGGAGCCGCCAUACGCAUGCUUUUACACUGGGGAAAGUAUACCCAUCGUGGCGGCGCUGAGAUGAACUUCAAAGACGUGCAAUACGCGCAAGAUGCAAACGGAGUGAACGAAUGGUUCAAGCGAGAUAAAGUGGAGAUGAUCAAAGACGCGAAUCCUUUGGCGAAUAUCCCGUAUUUGAUCGACCACGAGGAGAAGAAAACCAUCGUACAGUUUUUGUGCAUCUGUGACUACCUCGGCAGAAAGAUUGGCGUGGACGAGACAGACGAGAACUCUGACCAGAGGUUACGAAACGCGCAGAUUGCGAUGGAGAUAUUCGAUUUGCGGAAUAGCGUCAUUCGCCUCGUGUAUAAGUUUCCGAACAGCGUGCGAACGCAGAGUGAGUUUUACGAGCGACUUCCUGAACAUCUUGGCGCGUGCAAAAAGACGUACAAGAAGCUGGAGAGUUGGUUACAGUUUCACGAUUUUACGUAUUUCGCGAAGAAAGACGCGGUGUCGUCCUGCGAUUUUCACGCGUUUGAGAUGAUCGACCAACACGAACACUAUCAGACGUUAGUGCGCGAAAAAGAUGGGGAAGCUGUGGAAAAGCAAGGCAUGUUGAGUGAGUUUCCGAGAUUGAAGAAGUUUCACGCGGAGAUGAAGAGCAGGCCCGAGUUGAAGGCGUAUUUUGAGAGUAAAGAGUACAAGGAGUUCCAGUUGAACAACCAUACGCUCGCGAAUUCCUGGGACGGACCGGGGCCUUCUUCAAAGAGAUAG